CCCAACCCGAUCUUUCUUCUCAUCUCACACGCCCCUUGGCCUCCCUUAGCCGGCUGCCUGCCCGUUCUGCUUCAUUCAUUUAUAUCUACCCGCAUCCCCAGGUUUUCAUACCAAGGAUCCAUAUAUCUGCCGUCCACAAAACAACAUCAUCAAGCCAAGUGAUCACCACUUACACUUGCUAUCUAGCAACAGCUACAGCUCUUUGAGCUUCACUCACGACCAUCACCUCGCCUAUCAUCAAUAUCACAACCGCAACAAUGUUCGGCUCAUACAGUUCCAUCAGCUCCAUGUGCGCGUCUUCAGCGCCCAUGGAUAUCGCGUCUCGCAACAUCUACCGAUCUCAGGAUUCCGCCUGCGCUUUUCCAUCAUGGCCCCGACGCGACUCUCUCUCCGAGUCUGAUCGAGAGGAGCGACCCACCUCUUAUCUAUCCGACGACGAUCUGUUCCUCUCCGAUCCCUUCGACGACGACGCCCAGAGCGUCUCCAGCGCCGGAAGCUCUUCUCCUGGUGCCAUGGCCUCUCCUCCCAACGUCAUCACCGACUUCGAGCUCAUCCAGGCUGAGCGCGAACGCCAGGCCGCUUUGCAACGCGAGUGCCUUCGCGUUGUCGCCCUCGAGAAGGAGCGUCGACGUGCCGCCGCACGAAAGCAGCGCCGUAGCAGUUCUCACAAGAAGAGUCCCAAGACCAAGCUCACCUCCAUCAACGAGGAGGCUAUUGAGUAAACAAGCUCUGGGAACUUCUUAAUGACUGUUACGAUUUACGAUAGCGCUGCGUUUUGCAUUUACAUGGCAUAUGAUACCCCAUCAUGAUACCCCACACAACACAACUACAGCAUUGCAUGUGCGCAAUAAUAGCUGCACCUGCCAGAUUUAUCUACACCACUAUUCCAUCAUUUGAGAUGGGAAAUCUCUUCACACAACCACAACAACCAAACAACCAAACAAGCUGUCACUCGCUAUACCGGGCAACCUUAUUCAGCUGUCGGAUCGACUUCUAACCGCCGGCUUGAUUUUCGGGAAACAACUUGACACCACCACUAUCUUGGUCGAUGACGCCAUGGUUAGACCGCCUCAGACCCCAGCAAAUCAGAGGUGGGGGUGGGGGUUCACCCAACCAAGAAUGAGUCAGAUGGAUGAGCCAAGCUUUGGAAAUGGAUGACAACAACAACAAUCAAGUCAAGCACCAUCAUUUCCCCAUCAAUUCCUCAAUCUUUCCGAUCGCGGCCGAAGUUGAUGCCGCCGGGCGGGUGGAAGCUCCCCCAAUCUAGACACUCUUCUAGAUGUGGAUGUUUUCUUCUCCGGACCGUCGGCGACUUCGGCCAUCUACCGCUCACUUCUCUUGUCUUCCCCCGCAUGGCGGCCCGGUAAACGGAUUCGUCUUCGGUCCAUCACUAUCCGCUUGCUUCUUUUUUUCUGUUGAGGCUUUUAAUCGAGCCCGACAUUUUAUGUUUUCCGUCCCGGUUCACCGGGCUCAUUAUUGAGUUUAUUUGAUCGUUUUCGUUUUCGCACACCCUCUUAAUGGAAAGCAUUCAUGUAUUGGAGUUCUUAAUAUUGCAUUGUCUUCUGGCUUGCAUCAUCAUAGGGCAUGGGACAUUUGGAUACAGGUUAUGCUUCAGCCUCCCAUCACUGGGAUGAAUCAGCUGGCACACACUUGGCAUAUGGAAUGGGAAACAUUGGCAUGGCACUGCAUAGCAUUGGAUAUGCACACAACACUGCAUGGGUUUACACGGCGAUCUGGGCUUUUAGAUACCUUAGGAUAGUUUGGCGGCCUUGAGCCUGCCCUGAUUUCAAGAUACCCCCUUAGUUAGCAUCAAUCAUAUCUGGCAUACACAUCUACCCUACCUAGCUCUUGUCUUUGAUUCAUGUGAUGUGCCGCCUCUGCUUGUGACUCUUGCUCUGGUCUCCAGGCGCUUAGC